UCUUGCAAGCCUGGGAGUCCUAGAAGAGGCUCUUUCAGAAGUAUCGACUUCCACUGUGAAAUAUUCAAUAGAGAGCUAUCUCUUCUCAAGCUUUAAAAAGAAGAAGGCUCUGGAUUUCAAGCAGACACAGAAGGUAGUAAACAAAUAUUGAGGCUUCCUCAUAAAGAGCUAUAACAAACUCAGAGAUAGCUAUAAGGAUAUAUACAGGGAUAAAUAAGCAUAAGGAGUCCAUAACCGCAAUGAAGAAGUUCAAUAAGAUCAUGCCAAAGUACACUGUGGAUUAUGACAAGUUUUAUGAGAGUGAAACCUCUAGUAGUGACGAAGAGCCUACCUCUGGGACUAGCCAUAGUAUGGGCAAGUUCAAAAACAAUGGAUCUCGAUUUAGUAAACAAUCUUCGACUCUUAUUGUAAAAGAGAAAUUUGGAAAAGUUCUUAAGAGAAAGCACGAGGCUUACUCCCAAUCAGAGAAUAUCAACGACUCAAGCCUAGAAGAGCUUACUAAAACGAAGGAUUUCAAGAGAAUGUUCUUCACCAAAGAGUCUAUUCUUGAGAAGACUAAGAAGGAAUUUAAAUAAAAUUACAUUUGACCUCGGAAUGCUCUGGAAGAAAUACCUCAAUCUCAUUGAUAUCAACACAGUUGAUACAGUGAGAUUUUUCCUUUAUAAAAACCUUAUACAUUACAAAAGAAUGUUGAAAAUGAAGAGGGUUAUAAAGAACUUCCCCACUUUAACGAGAACUAUAACGGAAGAUGACCUUGAGAGGUGGUCAAAAUAAUGCAAAGAAUCUCAGAGAAAUGUUUGAGACUUACCUAACCAAAGAGGUAUCAAGAGGACUCUGAUUCAUUAACGAAGCUUACCAGGACUCCUUCCGUGCGGUCAUGAUCCAAGAAAUUUACGAUCCAGAUAUUAUCCAAAAAGGGCUCUUUUCAGUCCCCAGGAUUGAAUUUGAGAAAUCAUAUGAAAACUCUGAGUUCGAAAUUGAGAUGAAUGAUAAGAGACACUUGGUCUUCAUCUGCCAUGGCUAUAGUGGGCAUUAUGAAGACCUAAUGUACCUCAAGGCUGCUAUCAUGGAGAAUGAUCCUACAGCGAAGGUAUAUUCCUGUCUUAAAGAUAUAGAGAAAACAGAUGAGACUAUCCUAAAAUUAGGCAAAAUAGUUGCAAAGGAAGUUAAGAAAGCUAUCAAAGAUUACAUGGAAGAUUACAAAAUUGAACGAAUAUCCUUAGUAGGGUAUUCCAUGGGUGGUCUCAUCUUCAGAGCAGCCCUUCCUAAACUGGCGAAGUAUAAGGAUCUUCUCAGUGCUUUUGUGACACUGGCUACACCUCAUCUUGGAUAUCUAACAACAAAUAGUAAGUUAUUAACAGCAGGAAUGUGGCUGGUUGAGAAGAUGAAGAAAAGUACUUCUUUAAAGGAGAUUACAAUUAAGGAUCAAAAAGAUUUUAAAAACUGUACCCUUUAUAAAAUGUCAAAAAUGGAAGGACUAGAAUGGUUCGAUACAGUUGCUCUGAUUGGUUCUCCUCAAGACGGCUUCUCACCUGUUGAAAGCUCACUUAUACAACCAUCAGAAAGAAUGGAAAAGAUCACUACUUCAUCAAACCUCCUACUAAUGUCUGACAACAUCAUAAAGAAGCUGGUUGACUGAAGAGUUCACCGUAUAUCUGUCAAUUUCCAGAUUCCUCCAGGAUCUAUCGACACUAUGCUCGGCCGGAAGGCCCACAUACAGUUUAUUGAUAACACUGAGAUUCUGAAGAACCUGGUGUACACCCUGAACGAUGUGUUCUACAGGAAGGAAUAAGUAUAAUUUUGAACGGAGAUUUUAUAAGAAUUCAACUU